GUGUUUCGACUGACUAAAAUUGUAGUCCUAGUCAAUUCAAUUCAGUUUAAUAAAGUUUGUCGCUAUGACUCGUGCAAGUAAACGUGCUAGAUAUAGUCCAGAAAAUGAGAACAGUAGUAGUGUGUUGGAAAACGCCAAGAAAGAUGAUACAUCGAAAAAUCCGGAUAAAUUUGCCAACAUAUUUGGUAAAACUGGUGGUGCGUACAUUCCCCCUGGUCGUCUUCGUCAAAUGCAAGCUCAGAUAACUGACAAAUCAUCUGAAGCCUAUCAAAGAAUUGCUUGGGAAGCAUUGAAAAAAUCUAUCCAUGGUUUUAUCAAUAAAGUGAAUGUUUCUAACUUGUCCGAAGUUGUCAAACAACUACUUAUGGAAAAUAUUGUUAGAGGUAGAGGUUUAUUCGUCAGAUCCCUUUUAACCGCUCAAUCGGCAUCGCCAACAUUCACCCAUGUUUUCUCCGCUCUUGUUGCCGUUGUAAAUUCGAAGUUUCCCAAGGUUGGAGAACUAGUUCUUAAACGAUUAAUCAAUGAAUUUCGUAAAGCAUUUCGACGUAAUCAGAAAGAUCGAUGUUUGUCUACAGCACGAUUCCUAGCACAUUUAGUCAAUCAAAAAGUUGUUCAUGAAUUAAUAAUUUUGGAACUAUUAACAUUACUGCUGGAACAAACAACCGAUGACAGUGUAGAAGUGGCAGUAUCUGUUCUUAAAGAAUGUGGUGCUAUGUUGUCACGUCUUGUACCAAAAGGUGUACAUGGAAUCUUUGAACAUCUUCGACGCAUUUUAAAUGAAGGUCAAUGCGAUAAACGUAUUUCUUAUAUGUUAGAAGUUAUGUUUCAGAUUCGUCGUGAUGGAUGGAAAGAUCAUCCGAUUGUCUUGCCAGAACUUGAUUUAAUUCAAGAAACUGAUCAAAUCACUCAUACAACUUCACUUCUUGAUCAAGUAGAUCCAGAGGAACACUUGAAUGUGUUUAAAUUCGAUCCAGAGUUUUUAGCAAAUGAAGCAAAAUAUGCUGAAAUUAGACAAGCAUUAUUUGAAUCAAACGAUGAUUCAGAAGCUGAGUCGGAUGGUGAAAAUGGAGAUGAUGAUUCCGAUGAAUCAGGUGAUGAUGACGAUGAUGAUAAUGAAGAAGAUGAAGAGUGUAAACGUGGUGCUGCUGCAACUGCAGAGAAUCAACAAACAAUUAUUGAUCAAACAGAAACAAAUCUAGUCCAUUUACGUCGUACCAUCUAUCUAAUGCUACAAAGUAGUUUAAGCGCAGAUGAAGCUGGACACCGUCUACUACAAUUGAAAAUUAAACCAGGAGAAGAAUAUGAAGUAGCUUCGAUGGUUUUAGAUUGUUGUGCACAAACACGUAGUUAUGAAAGUCGUUAUGGUCGAUUAGCUCAAAGACUUUGUCGAGUUGUUUUUCCAUCUAGUGCACCAGCCAGUACAGGAUCUACUACUGUUUCUGCAAGCUCGGAACUAGGUCCCGGUAGUAGAUAUAGAAGUAAUAAAGAGGUUGGUAAACCUACAACGAAGGAAGAAACUCCUGCACCGGUUGUAGAAGAAGCAGGUCCACCUCGUAGUUAUGUUGCUCAAUUUGAAAAAAUUUUCGCUGAACAAUACUCAAUUAUUCAUAGAUUAGAAACGGCAAAAUUACGUAAUGUCGCUUUCUUGUUUGCUCAUCUUUUAUACUCGGAUUCCAUAUCAUGGGGUGUAUUUGAGUGUAUACGCUUGAAUGAACGUGAUACAACUUCGUCUGGGCGUAUAUUUUUAAAACAUCUUUUUUUGGAACUUUGUUCAUUUAUGGGCUUAUCAAAAUUACAAGCAAGACUUCGAGAUGAAACACUUCAACCAUUUUUUGCUGGUCUUCUACCACGUGAUAAUCCUAAAGAUACACGAUUUGCUAUUAAUUUUCUAACUACAAUUGGUUUAGGCGGUUUAACUCUGGACCUUCGUGAACAUUUGCAAGCAUCACGUGAUUCAGCAUUGGCAAAGAAAGAGUCUGAAUCUAAAAAUAAACUACAAUCAUCCAUCUUGAACGAUGUAUCCAUUUCAUCUUCAUCGUCUUCUUCUUCUUCAAGUUCAUCGUCUAGUAGUAGUAGUAGUGGUAGCAGCAGCAGCAGUGAACCAGAAUCGAAUUAUUCAAAUGAUGAAAGACAUCGAAAAAAGAAAAAACAUUCAAAAGAUAAGCAUAAAUUACAAAAGAAGUCACGUGAUAAUCAUCAUCGUCAUUCCGAACACAACCAGCAUCAGAAAUCGCAUAAUACUUCAUCGAAACACUCUGAAAAGUCGUCGGACAGAACUUCUAAACAUUCUGAUUCAACGCGUAAACAUGAUAAAAGGUCUCAUUUGAAAACUCGUCCUGUAGACACUCCAUUUUUCAAUGAUACACCUAAUUCACCUGCCCAUUCACGUCAAAUGAAAAUGAAAGUGAAAUAACUAUGCCCUUUGGUGGGGCUUUUUUGUACAAAAAAUUUGUAUAAUUAUUUAUCAAGAUAUUUUAUUUAAUCUC